GCGGGCGCCCCGUGCAGAUGACCCCUAGUUGUCCGGUGUGGCCGGUUACAGGAGCGUCUCUCCGCCUAGUCACAUGCUGCAAAAAACGAGGAGUAGGAGCCACCCUGGUGCCCAGCUAUGGAGUGGCAACAAUUGCUGCCCGGGUGUCUCUGGGGAGAUCCCGAGAGCCUCUGGACACCAUGAUGCCUCUCAGGAUACCCCAGGCACCCCGUCGUCAAACUUUCAUCAGGCCCAGGCCACCUCGGGCCCGCAGCUCCGGACCCAGAAGCAGCUGGAGCUUAAGGUGGCAGAGCUGGUGCAGUUCUUGCUGAUUAAGGACCAGAGGAAGAUUCCCAUCAAGCGGUCAGGCAUCAUGAAGCACGUCAUCCAAGACUACAAGGACAUCUUCCCAGAUCUACUUAAGCUGGCUGCAGAACGACUCCACUACAUGUUCGGGUACAAGCUUGUGGAACUCGAACCCAAGAGCAACGCCUACAUCCUCAUCAAUGCCCUGGAGCCAGAGGACGGGGAUCGUGAAUUGAGAGGCUACCAGGGAACGCCCACCACCGGCCUCCUGAUGAUCAUUUUAGGGCUCAUCUUUAUGAAUGGCCACAGCAUCCCAGAAAACGAUGUCUGGGACUUUCUACGUCGUUUGGGGGUAUACCCCACCAAAAAGCAUUCAGUUUUCGGGGAUCCCAAGAAACUCAUUACUGAAGACUUCGUGAGACAGCGUUACCUGGAGUCCCGUCGGAUACCCCACACAGAUCCUGCAGACUGUGAGCUCCGGUGGGGUCCACGAGCAAAUCUGGAAACCAGCAAGAUGAAAGUUCUUAAGUUUGUAGCCAAAAUCCACAAUCAAGAUCCCAAGAACUGGCCCACUCAAUACUGUGACGCUUUGGCAGAUGAGCAGCGCAGGGUCAGACCUGAGCCAAGUGGUGCAGCCCCAUCCUCCUGAAGUAAAUGUCCGAGAUUCUCAAGCAUAAGCUAGAAAAAUAGGGAACAUGGGGGCCAAAGGAGCAUAUUUCCACAACAAUUAAAACGUAUUACCUUUAAGA